AUGUCUAUGACACCACCCGGUCCGGAGUUUGAUGGCCAUUCGCAGUCUGCGCGCCCAUUGGAUCACUAUGACAGUGAUAGCCUUUCGCAACAUCCACGCGGAGUAAAUGAUUCUCUAAGUGAACGAGCCCAUGAACCUAUAACUUUCAAACGAAAACAAAAACAGCGCUCCAAGUUUAGUUUAUCAAGUUUAUUUUCCAGUGACGAUGCUGGAGACGCCCGCUUUGGCCCCUCAGGCACCCGAGAUGGUCAACUCUCAGGAGAUAGUUCACCUAUGAGGCUUGCUGGACAAAAUGGUAGAAGUGGGAAUCUAAAUGUACAAAAAGAGGGAGGUCUUCUCGAUUGGUAUGUGGAAGGUCCUGGGCGACGAGUCGGCUAUGACAACCUCACGGCAAUCGAUUGGAUUUUCGAGUAUACAAAGGAGCGUCAAAGGAAGAGGUUACUCUAUUCAAGCGGUCAAGGUCUAGUUGGGUAUGUCCGCAGACUUCUCGACGCCAGUAACGUCUGGCUCGUGUUGAUUGCGACGGGUAUUUCUGUGGGAAUCAUCGCAGCAGCCAUCGACGUCGCAAGUGACUGGCUAGGGGAUCUCAAAACCGGCUAUUGCAAGAAUGGUAGAGGAGGAGGAAAAUUUUACUUGAAUCGCAAUUUCUGCUGUUGGGGUCAUGAUGACUUAUCCGAAUGCUUGGACUGGACACCCUGGAGGGAGGCCUUAGGUGUCCAUUCCACCGGAGGUGGUUAUACGGUCGAAUAUAUCUUUUACACUCUAUACUCUGUCCUUUUCGCCAUUUGCGCCUGCUUCUUGGUCAGAAGCUAUGCUAUAUUUGCAAGACACAGUGGAAUUCCCGAGAUUAAGACAGUGCUUGGAGGUUUCGUGAUCAGACACUUUAUGGGACCUUGGACUCUUGCGAUCAAAUCCUUGGGACUGUGCCUAUCCGUUGCUUCGGGUCUUUGGCUAGGUAAAGAGGGUCCGCUAGUGCACGUUGCAUGCUGCUGUGCCAAUAUAAUGAUGAAACCAUUUGACAGUUUAAAUCACAAUGAAGCGCGGAAGCGAGAAGUCUUGUCUGCGGCUGCAGCCGCAGGAAUAUCUGUUGCUUUCGGAGCUCCUAUCGGAGGUGUCUUGUUCAGCUUAGAGCAACUGUCAUAUUACUUUCCAGAUAAAGCCAUGUGGCAGAGUUUUGUCUGUGCUAUGGUCGCCGCUGUAACUUUACAAGCUGUCAAUCCAUUUCGCACAGGCGAAAUCGUUCUUUAUCAGGUGAAAUACACGAGGGGAUGGCAUCGCUUCGAGAUCAUACCGUUCAUUCUCCUCGGAAUUGUAGGUGGUCUUUACGGUGCAUUCCUCAUUCGGCUAAAUAUGAGAAUUGCAAAGUGGCGACGAUCUCGAAGUGUUCCUCGCCCGCUGACAGAAGUUGUGGUUGUAGCUCUCUUGACUGCACUAAUUAAUUUCCCCAACCUUUUCAUGAGGGCUCAGAAUUCGGAGCUUGUUCAUUCAUUAUUUGCUGAAUGCGGAACUGGGGAGGCAGAUCCAUUCGGGCUUUGCAAAACCGGCGCUGCAUCGCUUGGAACGAUAGCUCUUCUUCUUGGGGCUGCACUUCUCGGUUUUUUCCUUGCAUCAGUAACCUUUGGUUUGGAUGUGCCUGCGGGUAUCAUUCUUCCUUCUGUUGCUAUCGGUGCCCUUUAUGGGCGCGGUCUAGGAACGGCUAUGAAGAUGUGGCAAGAGUCUUAUCCGAAAGCCUUGAUAUUUAGCAACUGUGAACCAGAUAUUCCGUGUGUCACGCCAGGGAUAUAUGCAAUCAUCGGGGCUGCAUCGGCCCUUGGUGGUGCGACGAGAAUGACAGUUUCGAUAGUGGUUAUCAUGUUUGAGCUUACAGGAGCCUUGACCUAUGUAAUCCCAAUCAUGAUUGGCGUCAUGUUGUCCAAAUGGUGCGGCGAUAUCUUUGGGAAGCGCGGAAUUUAUGAAUCAUGGAUUCAGUUAAAUGAAUAUCCAUUCCUCGAUCAUCGCGAAGACACAACUCCGCCGGAUGUAUCCGCUCACAGAGUGAUGACCGUCGUCGACGAUAUCACAUCCAUAGUUGCUGUUGGUCAUACCAUUGAUAGCCUUCACAACCUCCUUGUGACCACUCAAUAUCGUGGGUUCCCGGUCAUCACUGAUACCUCGAAUCCUAUUUUGUUGGGAUACAUUUCGCGGAAUGAACUUUCAUUUGCCCUCAAGAACUCGGCAUCCUCUUCGAAUCGCAACUUGUCUGGAGAGACGCAGGUUUUUUUCGCGCAUCAACCAUUUGCAGAUCCCGUGGAGACCGUCGAUUUACGACCCUGGAUGGACCAAACACCUAUCACGCUCAAUAGUAACACAACAUUCUUGAUUGUACUGCAGAUGUUCCAACGACUUGGUCUGCGCUACGUCUUAUUCUCCAAUAAGGGCGUUCUUCAAGGAUUACUGACAAAGAAAGACAUUUGGUCUAUCAUGAACGGAGCUGAACUCAACAAGGGCAAGAAUUUGGACGACGGUUAUUCCACGCAAAGAAGCGCAGCAGAAGAGGUGGGGUUGCUUGAUGGUGACGACAGCCAGAGUCUUGCCAGUUCCAUGGAACGACGGCAGUCCCUCUGA